UGCACACAAACUCAUCAUCAUCAUCAGCUUAUUAUUAAGCAACACUCAAGAGAGCGAGAAGUGUGUGUGAGGGAGAGGGAGAGACUAGAGAGAUCGAGCGAGCAAGAGAGAUGGCAGCUACCAGCAGCACGCUCUCCUUCCCGGUGAUCAACAUGGAGAAGCUCCAGACCGAGGAGAAGCCGGCGGCCAUGGAGGUCAUCCGCGACGCCUGCGAGAACUGGGGCUUCUUAGAGCUGCUGAACCAUGGCGUCUCCCACGAGCUGAUGGACGAGGUGGAGCGGCUGACCAAGGCGCACUACGCCAGCUGCCGCGAGCCCAAGUUCCAGGAGUUCGCGGCGCGGACGCUGGAGGCCGGCGAGAAGGGCGCCGACGUCAAGGACGUGGACUGGGAGAGCACCUUCUUCGUCCGCCACCUCCCCGCCUCCAACAUCGCCGACCUCCCCGACCUCGACGACCACUACAGGCAAGUGAUGAAACAAUUCGCAUCGGAGAUACAGAAGCUGUCCGAGAAGCUGCUGGACCUGCUGUGCGAGAACCUGGGCCUGGAGCAGGGGUACCUGAAGCAGGCCUUCGCGGGCUCCAACGGCCCGACGUUCGGCACCAAGGUGAGCGCGUACCCGCCGUGCCCGCGCCCGGACCUCGUCGACGGCCUCCGCGCGCACACCGACGCCGGCGGCAUCAUCCUGCUGUUCCAGGACGACCAGGUGAGCGGCCUGCAGCUGCUCAAGGACGGGGAGUGGGUGGACGUGCCGCCCGUGCGCCACGCCAUCGUCGUCAACAUCGGCGACCAGCUGGAGGUGAUCACCAACGGGCGGUACAAGAGCGUCAUGCACCGGGUGCUCACGCGUCCCGACGGCAACCGCAUGUCCAUCGCGUCCUUCUACAACCCGGGCGCCGACGCCGUCAUCUUCCCGGCGCCCGCGCUCGUCGCCGCCGCCGACGAGGAGCGCGCCGGGGCGGCGUACCCGAGGUUCGUGUUCGAGGACUACAUGAACCUCUACGUGCGCCACAAGUUCGAGGCCAAGGAGCCACGGUUCGAGGCCAUGAAGUCCGAAAUCGCCACAGCGUAAGUGAGAAGCGCAAACUACCAGCGUGGUGGCUGCACGGAUGCGACAGCCGGACAUAGUGGCAAGCAGCUCGAGAGUGAACGUACAAUGGCCAUGUGUAUUGUGUACGGUAGCAGAUAGGCACGUGAUAUGUGUUUAUAGGUGGCACGGUAUGAGUGUAUCGUGGAGUAAUGUAUUGCUUGUAUCUCAGAUAAAUAUGUACGUAUAUAUAUUGUACUGUAAAGUUUGUACCGUCUAUUGUACCGGCAGCGUGCGUGGCCAGGAGUUGGUAAGUAACUGUUACUGCCACAUCAGCUUUGCUGAAA